AUGUGUAACAGCAACAGCAAUAGUGUCGAAGAUGUUUAUAUCGACGAGUGUAUCAGGUUCAUUAUGUCUUCCACUACAAAUACAAAACAACGUUACAAAAAUUGUAUUAGAUGCAACUUGAAUGAAAGAAAAUCAACGGGCUACAAAAGGUUUAUUCAAUCACAAUCUGUGGUGGAUGAUUUGAAAAAAUGUCUUAACGUUGAUGCUGAAAUUGACGAUUUUAUCUGUAGCAAGUGUUACGCUGUUUUUUCAUGUACGAGGAGUAGAUUGACAAAAGAAGAGGCGACAACAACAAAUCAGUCUGAAGAUAAAGUAUCCCAAUCGUUCAGCCAACUAUCUGUUUCUUCAACAAAUUCGUCUCAACAAACUGAUCCUGGAGAUCCUCCUAUAUUGUUUACUGAACGAAAGAUAGUCGAGGAAGACGAAAUAGAAUUACUUAUACCAAGAUGUAUUGCCACACAUAAAUAUUGCUGUAUAUGCAGAAAAGAUCGUAAUCUUAUGGCAGUACCAAUGGAAGCCCGGUUGCAAGUUUUCACUGUGAGGAAUAUUUUCAUUCCCGCUGAAGUUAUGAAUGACAUCAUAGCAACAUCUAAUGUUAGCAGUAUGAAAGCUUCUGAUGUUUCUAAUUUUUUACAAAAGUUCAGAAUAGAUGUUGAUAAAGAGCUUACUGACAAAGUUGGAGAUUUUUCUUUACCUGAAAAUCGUCUCAUCAUUUUCACGGGCUUGACAUGGGAAAAUCUUUUCGAACUGCGUGCAAUGAUGACAUCACUACGUAAUUCAGAUUCUCGAAAUGUCACUCAAGCCAUCGUCGUAUUUUUAUUCAAACUGCGAACAGGCAACUCUAAUAACGUUAUUUCUUCUGUGCUCGGUUUGGAGCGUCCUCAACAAGUGUCUGAUUUUUCAGCUUCAGUAUUAGAAUCAUUUGAAAAAGAUGUGCUACCAUCUCGUUUUGGUAUAAAAGCAGCGAACCGACAGUACUUGAUAGAAAAUCACACUGCUCCAGUCGCAAAAUUAUUACACGAUUUGAACGAUAGUCAACUGGGUCAAAAAAAAGCUCCGUUGUGCAAACACUUUACAAUUUGCACAACUAAUGGUUAUAUAGUAGACAUGUUGGGCCCGUAUUAUGCGAAUGUUAACGAUGCAAAAAUACUUGAAGAUAUUUUUAAUGAUCCUGAAGGUUUAGUCACUCUUUUAAGGCCUGGUGAUAAAUUUUUUUUGGACAGAGGUUUUAGAAAUGUUAUUUGCAAGUUAACUGAAAUGGGGUAUGAAGGAUUCAUGCCAGCAUUAAAAGGUCAACGAAAACAGCUAACAGCCACUGAGGCAAAUAAUUCACGCAUGGUUACAAUUGUACGUUGGGUCGUUGAAGCAAUCCACGGUGUUAUCAGCCAAAAAUACAAACUUUUACAUAAUCAAUUUGACAAUAAAAUGAUUCCGCACGCAGGAACAUACUAUCGCAUAGCUUGCUUUCUUAUCAAUCUAUUUGGGGAAAGAUUCGUCUCCAGCAUUUCUAGUAGUGAAGAAGUGGUUAACCUUAUGAAAAGGAAAAAAGACACGGGCAACAGCUUGGCGGAAGAAGCGGAAAGUGGAAGAUGGAAUUUUCCAGAAAUGACAGAAGAAGAUUUGAAAAUUUUUUUCACAGGAACGUAUCAGUUGAGCCAAGCAAUUUCGUAUUUAGCUGAAUUAAUUGAUGAAGAGGGUCGAGUAAAUAUUGAUUAUCUAAAGGAAUCAUCAAGUGUACUCAAAAUUCAAGUUCGUUCUCGCCACAUAUCUGCCAAAACAUAUAAUUGCUACAUAGAAUAUACUCCUAAUUCGAUUGGAUAUGGUGGAGUCAAAAGAUACUAUUGUGAAUGUGCAAAUGGAAUGAGAACCGUUGGUUGCUGUUCACAUAUAGCUUCAGUAAUUUACUUUUUAUCGCAUGCUCGAUACUUGUCUAAAAUUAUAAGGCCGACUGAAAAAUUGACAAAAAUCUACCAAGAAAAAGAAAUAGUUCCUGUCAUAAAUGAUGACAGCGAUGAAGAUUAA